AUGGCUAAACAACCAAAACUUCGACUCUCUCUUCUUUCUCUCCAAUUAUGUCGUCCCACAAAAUCUUCUUCAUUGCCUAAGGUUCCUUUGCCUGUUGCUGCAUACAAGUUCUCCUCUGUUAAUUCUAGAUCAUUCGACAUUUCCUGCCUCGAUUUUCCAAGCCCUCCACCAUCGACCCCGAAUCAAUCUUUCCACAAAUGUCACGUGUCAUCAAAAAUUUCCUCACUCGGUAGUGGAUCAUGCUCAAAUCAUGUGACAUCCAAGUGCAAAGACGAAACUUCGACCCCUGUGUUUUACAAGAUGAAAAGAGUAGACAAGCCUAAUGCAAAAAUGCACAACUCUACAGUUUCAAGAUUCGAAAGGGAGGGAAAAAAGGACAAAAUCAUAACAAAGAAAUCAGAAGCUAGUGUUAGUACGAGCACUUCAUCAGGAGAUGGUGAUAAAACUAAAAGCCUCCUUUCAUCUUCUCCAAGGUCUGAUUUACCAUAUGACUCGGAUUGUCCAUUGAAGACAAAAAGAGAGGGGCCCCUCAAUGAAAACAAGAAAACGAAGCAGAGAAGUAUCAAGUCACAAAGAUUUAAGCAUUGCAGGUCAAUUAAUGAGAAAGAUGGCAACAGGGCUUUUCCAGAAAUUGAGUCUCGGGUGAAGAAGACGGUUUGCAUGGUGGAUGGAAAAGUGAGAGAGAGUUUUGUCGUUGAGAAGAGGUCUGCAGACCCUUAUGAGGAUUUCAAAACAUCAAUGUUAGAAAUGAUACUGGAAAAACAGAUGUUUGAUGCCAAUGAAUUGGAUCAGCUCGUGCUAUGUUUUCUGUCUCUCAAUUCACGCCAGUAUCAUUCUGUCAUUCUAAAAGCUUUUGUGGAGAUUUGGGAGGAACUGUUUUGUGGAUCUACAAACUAG